AUGGCCAGCAUUGGCGAGAAGAGAAUAAGGAAGAUUAGCGAGCUGACGGACGAAGAAGUCGAAGUGAAAAUUUGGGGAAAGACGGGAACGAGGCCGCGCAUCGACAGAGCAGCCAUUGAUUACAGGCGUAACUUUCCAUUCGCCAAGGACUUCUUGGAAGAAAAAGGAAACCCCCCUGAUCAUGUACAUGUUCCCCCGAGUCGCCAGAUGUGGAGGAAGGACUUGUAUCCCCAAUUUCUCAGAGCAGUUAAGGUUCAAGAGGAAACAUACGAGGAAAGAUACAAAUUUACUGGAGAUUUUGAAAAAGAUGAUCAAGAAGCUCUUGUGUACCGCAGUAUUGAUGAUUAUAUCAAACUUAGCGAGGACGAAAAAAUCGCUACGAGAGAAUAUCAAAAAGAUAUGAGACGAUACCACAGAGACGAAGCGAAAAGCCGUGGUUUUGAUGUUGGGUCCUCGUUUGAUUACUCUGCUUCAUCUCUCUCGGUUGCGGUGUACAACAGUUAUCAGGGAAAGCGUACGUGCUAUGGUAAUGUACGAGUGGUGAAGGCGAUGAGUUUUGGUUGUAUUGGUACAGAUUUGAAUAUCAGUUUUCAGGCCGCCUCCUCUUCUGGUGACUACCAAUUCCAAGCAACUGUGUUAGAUUGUGCUUUUCCACCAGAUGUACCCUAUUCAUCCUUUAAGAUUGUCCUUGUUAGGAAAUUGAUGUCAGGAGAAGAAAUAGACCCUCCGGAAGAAAUUGAUUAUGUGGGUGUGCGAUUCCUCCCCAUAUUUCCCUUUAGUAUGGAAAAGCUCUCUGAUUUCGAUGAGAAAGAACCACAAUCAGCUAAUGUUCUCCACUUCUAUUGUGAACCCAAAGUACCAUAUCCCGAUUGGCUGUCACCGACAUCCUUUGAUCUGCCCCUCAAUCUCUGUGAGUUUGUUCUCCACCAGUAUAACAUUGCUCUCCACCGGUUUGACAGUGAUAAGGAUGAAGAUGAUGAAAUAUAUGACAAAGUUAAAGUUCUCCGUGUGAUUGAUGUAUUGAGAACAUUGGAUGCUGAAAACGGGACAACUUACUAUGUCACAUUUGAAGCCUCCUUACUUGAUGAUGAAGGGAAUCCUCAAGUCUUCGAAACAAAAUUAUUUAUGUCUCCUCUGAUCCCAACUACAAAGAUAAGGAUUAAAUUUGUCAGGGUCAAGAGCAACUGACUAAAGGUAAUUCAAUCAUGCAAUCCACUGAUUACCAACAUUUUAUUUUGCUGUAAUUAUUUAGCUCUUCCAAUCAGUUUAGUUAUUUAGUAGAAUUAAGAAUAUAAAAUGCUCCCUUCUACUAUUUUUUGGAUUCACAAAUAAAUUAUAUGCUACGAUGGAAUUAGGAAUUUGGGGUCAGGGUCAACAUUAAUUAGGGGAAUUCAAAUUUACCUUAGAUUCAAUCCCAGUGUCUUAUUAUUAGU